GCCCGCGGCGGGGCGGUGCCGGCCGGGCGCAGCGCUGCGGCGGGGGAUGGCGGCGGCGCGGAGGGCGCGGGCGGGCGAUCCCCGCGCCGGCUUCAGGCGGGCGGCGGAAGAGCAGAGCCCCGCCGUGCCGCAGGGUCUGAUCCGGGCGGCCCGGAAGAGCGGGCAGCUCAACCUGGCGGGCCGCGGCCUCGGCGAGGUGCCCCAGCACGUGUGGCGGAUCAACUUGGACACCCCGGAGGAAGCCCACCAGAACCUCUCCUUCGGUGCUGCGGACCGCUGGUGGGAGCAGACGGACCUGACCAAGCUGAUCCUGGCCUCCAACCAGCUGCGGUGCCUGUCUGAGGACGUCAGGCUGCUGCCCGCGCUCACUGUACUCGAUGUACAUGAUAAUCAGCUGACAUCUCUGCCUUCAGCUUUAGGACAAUUAGAAAAUCUUCAGAAACUUGAUGUCAGCCACAACAAACUGAAGAGUAUCCCAGAAGAACUGCUGCAGUUGUCACAUUUGAAGGGCCUCCUUCUUCAGCACAAUGAGCUAAGCCACCUGCCGGAUGGGUUUGGACAGCUCGUCAGUUUGGAAGAAUUGGAUCUGUCCAACAAUCAUCUUACAGACAUUCCAAAAAGUUUUGCUUUGCUCAUUAACUUGGUGCGACUCAAUUUGGCUUGUAAUCAACUCAAAGACCUGCCUGCAGAUAUCAGUGCAAUGAAGAGCUUAAGACAACUGGAUUGUACUAAAAACUACCUGGAAAGUGUACCUUCUGAAUUGGCGAGUAUGGCAUCAUUGGAGCAGCUGUAUCUGAGAAAAAACAAACUGCGUUCCUUGCCAGAACUUCCUUCGUGCAAAUUACUGAAGGAAUUACAUGCUGGUGAAAAUCAGAUUGAAAUACUAAAUGCAGAAAAUCUUAAGCACCUGAAUUCCCUCUCUGUGUUGGAACUUCGAGACAACAAGAUAAAAUCAGUUCCUGAUGAAAUCACUCUACUCCAGAAGUUGGAGCGACUUGACCUCGCCAACAACGAUAUCAGUAGAUUGCCUUACACACUGGGGAACCUUUCUCAGUUGAAAUUCCUGGCAUUAGAGGGAAAUCCUUUGAGAACCAUUCGAAGAGACCUUCUGCAAAAAGGCACCCAGGAACUUCUGAAAUACCUGAGAAGCAGAAUCCAAGAUGACAAAGCCAGCCCAAACGAAGAGCCUCCUGUGACAGCCAUGACUCUCCCAAGUGAGUCCAGGAUUAACAUGCAUGCCAUAACUACGCUGAAAUUACUGGACUAUAGUGAGAAGCAGGUGGCUGUGAUCCCUGAUGACGUGUUCAGCGCAGUCAGAAGCAAUCCUGUCACCAGUGUCAACUUCAGCAAGAAUCAGCUGACUGCCAUUCCUCCAAGGAUCGUGGAGCUGAAAGACUCCGUUUGUGAUGUCAACUUUGGCUUCAAUAAAAUCUCUUCUGUUUCCUUGGAGCUGUGCACGCUUCAUAAAUUGACACAUUUGGAUAUCAGAAAUAAUGUUUUGACAUCUCUACCUGAGGAAAUGGAGGCACUCACAAGACUACAAGUAAUAAAUCUAUCUUUUAAUAGAUUUAAAGUAUUUCCCAGUGUCCUCUACCGCAUGCUCGCACUGGAGACCAUACUGCUCAGUAACAACCAGGUGGGGUCCAUAGACCCUCUGCAGCUGAAGAAGAUGGAGCAGCUUGGGACGCUGGACCUUCAGAAUAAUGACCUUCUCCAGGUGCCACCAGAACUCGGGAACUGUGAAACUCUGAGGACACUUCUUUUAGAAGGAAAUCCAUUCCGUACUCCCCGAGCAGCCAUUCUGGCAAAAGGAACAGCUGCAGUGCUGGAGUACCUCAGAAGCCGGAUCCCUACUUGAUAGGCUGCUUCCCUGUACACCUCUGAAUGGAAAGCAGAGUAUCAUCCUGUCUGAUGCCAUCACAAUCCCUUCCUCGUUGUUUGUAAGCUGUUGGUCUGGCCUGGGCCAUAAGGCAUUCAUAAUACUGGUCUUAGUUUGCAUGUUAAGAAAUUAUUCACCAACAAAAUAUUUUCCACUCAAGGCUGCAUGUCUCAGGAGUGCAUUUCAAAACACCACAAUCUAUGUUUACACUUUUUGUAAGAAAGAACGCAGCUGAAAGCUGCAUUUAGUAAUACAGACAAUGUUUUUCUACAAUUAAGCCAUUUUCUUUUUAAGGGUUGUAAUCACCAAAGUAAUUGAGCAAAAGGGGGAAAUAAGCUUUUUGAUUCUUGUAUACCUGUUUUAUAAUCUCCUGUAGGGUGUUUGAUCUCACUUCACCGCUGCCUCAAACCAUUGGUUGCUGGUCUGUACAUGGAAAAUACCUGAACCUUUAAACGUGAUGAAUACAGUGUGAAAUGUUCUGCAGACUCUGUGCAUGUCCCACGUGAAUGUGAGCAAAACAUGGCUGAUGUUGGUAGCUGCACUGAAACAAUAAAUGUUUGCUGUUGGA